GGCCACGUUACCACCUCCUGUCGCUCUGACGUCAUCAGACGGCGCCGUGUUGUCAGCAGUAGCAGAGGUCUGUGGUGAAGACAUGAUGAAAACUAACGUGAUUAACGUGUUCAUUUAACGGAGCAGCUGUUGACGGGUCGAACUCGACUGUCAGGAUGCAGCUGUCGUAGCUCCACACAGAAUGAGUCGUGAUGAAGAGACCAAAGCUUGCCGGAGUCUUCCUCUUGGCGGGCUGCCUGCUCGCCUACCUGAUGUUUGUGAAGCGUCACUACUCUGCCGCAAAGCCCGAAGCCUACAGACUACCUCCCCACCUCCGGCCCGCCACGCACCAGCCUGCAGAUGUUAGGCCCGUCCCUGCCGCUGCUGCCGCUGCUGGACAGAGCUUCCAGUAUGGCAUCAUGUUUGAUGCUGGGAGCACUGGGACCAGAGUCCAUGUCUUCAAGUUCCAGAUGGAGAAUAAUGAAGCUCCCAAACUGGCCCACGAGACGUUCAGGGCCAUCAAACCUGGACUGUCUGCAUACGCUGAUGAUCCAGAGAAGUGUACAGCAGGAAUCCUGGAGCUGCUACUGGUGGCCAAGUCCAGCGUCCCCCCCUUCGUCUGGGACAUCACCCCUGUGGUCCUGAAGGCCACAGCUGGCCUCCGACUGCUGCCUGGAGAGAAGGCCAAACACCUGCUGGACAGGGUGAGGGCGCUGUUUGAGGACUCUCCCUUUCUGUCCAGAGACGACAGCGUGUCCAUCAUGGACGGCACUGAUGAAGGGAUCUCUGCCUGGAUCACUGUCAACUUCCUCACUGGUGACCUCCACAGUGUGGACUCUCCCACAGUGGGGAUGUUGGACCUGGGUGGGGGGUCGACUCAGAUCACCUUCAGCCCUCAGGACGAGAAAACCAUCCAGACCUCACCCAUCGACUACAUCAGGUCCUUCCAGAUGUUCAACAACACACACACUGUCUACACUCACAGGUACACACAAGUUGGACUGUCCUGUGUGUGUGUGUGUGUGUGUGUGUGUGUGUGUGUGAGAGCAGUAGGCGGCAGCACUGAGCUGGUCAGUCCCUGCCUUCCUCCGGAGUCGUCGGUCAGGUGGGAGCACGCCGAUGUCAUCUACACUGUGAAGGGACAGAAGGCAGGGGAGCCAGUGUACGAGGCGUGUCUGACCAAGGUGGAGAAGGUUCUGUACAGAAAGGUGAUGAAGGCGUCCGAGGCUGAAGACGUGGAGUUCUACGCCUUCUCCUACUACUACGACCGAGCCGUUGACAUCGGGGUCAUCGAGGAGAAGACGGGUGGGACCAUCCAAGUGGCUGAUUACAUCACUGGAGCUAAAAGAGUGUGCAACGGUCCGUCCGUCAGUCCUCUGCAGAGCCCCUUCCUCUGUCUGGACCUGGUCUACAUCUCAGUCCUGCUGCAGGAGCUCGGCUUCCCCCCACACAAACACUUCAAGUUGGCGAGGACGAUCGGCGGCGUGGAGACCAGCUGGGCUCUCGGAGCGACGUUUCAUUACAUCGAGUCUCUGAAGAGACACUGAAGCUUUUAUUGUGAAAGGACUCACACACUUCCUGAAUGUUUGGAGGAGACUUCCUCCCAAAGACUCACCAUGACCUCAUACAGCACCAAGCCCCCCCCCCCCCCCCCCCCCCCCAAACCUGUGGAGCCUGACACCUGCUGGUGAAAAGCAGCUCUCCUAUUGGCUGGUUCCAGGUGAUGUCACGCUGAAAGUUAGGAGCUCAACUUAAACUGGACCCAAAAAAUAAAACCUAAUUAAUGAAUUAAAUUAAAAUAAAUAAAUAAAAACGGGAAAAUUAAAAAUAAUAAAGAUAAUAAUAACAAUAAGAAAGGGUCCCACAGGAAGUGAAGACAAUUAUAGACUGGACUUUGUCCUGCAGACGUUUAGCAGAUGGACUCAUCACUUCCUGCUCUUCACCUGCAGCCGUCAGGCUCCACAUCCCUCUGACAUCACAUCUGACCGUCCAAUCAGAUGCUGCUCUGCUCCUCAGACUCCGUCCAGGUGGACGCGGCUGCACUUUGCUUCAUGUCUCAGCUCUGACGGACGACUCGUCUCGUUCCUGAACGAAGUGACCUCAUGGAAACACUCACAAACACUCGACCUCACAGGCGGCGGUGAAACAUUACUGCGUAUAUCUACUCGAGUACUGUACUCAAGUAUUUUCUGCUACUUAAUAAACUUGUGCUGCACUACGUUCAUCUGAAGGAUCAUUUUCAGAUCGAGAUUUAACGUCUGAUCAGUUUAACAGACGUGACGCACUCUGAUAAAUCCAGCGACUCAGUUUACUGAGAAGCUCCGAUGAGUUAAUACUCUAAUAGUAAUUGAGUACUUUGACUUUUACAUGUGAUACCUGCAGUACUUUUUGAUGCUUGUACUUGUACUCAAGUAAAAGAUGAGUGUUCCACCGCUGCUCAAAGAUCACUGACAGUUUUUACCUCCGGCUCGUUCAGCAGAGACUCAAAAGUUCACGAGCUGCGACGUUUCAGAUGUUAAAGAAUAUUUCAUGUCUUUGUAAUCAGGUUUAUGAAGGUGGAUCAGACCUGCACAUGAUAUUUCUACUGACACUCAAUGUUUGUGCCAAAAAUAUUUUAUCAACUUUUUUUUUUUUCAGACAUUUUACAUUUUUUGGCUAUUUUAUCAUUUUUUUCUGACAUUUUUUUGGACAUUAUUUUCAAGUUUUUUUCCGAAAUUUUUCCAGCAUAUUUUUGUUUUUCAUAGAUGUUAGGGUUAUAUGUGUCUCAGGCCUUUUGAAAGAGAAACAGACAUUUUUAACAGAUAUUUUUCAGUUUGAAUCUCAGUUUGAAUCUUUAAAAAUUUACAUCACAUUUGAAACUUUUUGGAAACACAGUGAUGAGUUUGAGACGUUUACUGAAGCACUAAAACUUUACAGAGUGAAUCUGAAGCGAGGACACACUGUCUGCUCCUCGGUCCCAGUUUCACCAGUAAACACAGUCACUGGGUUCCCGUCUCUGACCUCAUCAUCAUCUCUUCUGUUUGUAUCGACGGCUGAUUGUUUUCUACUCUGAAGGACUUCCUGUUUUUACAUGUUUGUGUGUUCGGUACAAAAUCUGCAAUAAACACGUGAAUGUUUCUG